GAAGGAUCAAAGCUUUAUAAAGUCGUCUUAGAAUCGCCCAAGUUGUGGACAUCUGGAUUCGUCAGCAAUUAUUGAUGACAGGACGACAUGGGUGUGACAUUAGAGAGAGUGCAGUUCAAAUUUGCCUCUAUCAUUGGAGAACUCUGCAGUGAGCCAGACAUCCUAUCACAGUUUGCUGUCUGGGUGGAUCUUAGGAUAGCAGAAUACAAAUUAAAAGGCUCAAUUUCUUUAGAUUGCUCCGGUGAAACACCAGAUCCAGUAUGGCUGAAAGGAAUAAAAAGUGCUCUUCUGGCCAAAGAACUUGCUUUAAAGUCUCAGCCAAGAACACCUAGUUUUAAUCGUCGUAAAGCCACUCCACACCCACUAAAGCCUCCAUUAACUCGACCUGCCACAGUUACAAGAGACAGUGGUGACGAGGUUCAUCCUGUGUUGAGCUCAACCCCAAUUAACAAUAGAUCCAGCACUUCAGCUAGAUUAUCUCCCCUUGUUAUAAAGGAAGAACCUGAUGAUGUUUAUCCUAUAAGCUUACAUGUGCAUAAUCCAGACAGUCGCAAACAUCCCUAUACUGUUGACUCUGAUACUGAACAGCCUCAGUCAGCCAAACGGAAAAGAUUUGAGGACACAUCUCCUGAAGAUGCCCCAGCUAAUGAAAGUCUGAUGUCCAUUAUUGGGUUAAAUGAUACGGCGGACAAAACGGACACUGUACUGACCCAGGAAGACAGUGUUUCCAAUGAAAUAGACUUGCUCAUGGCUCAAGAAUUGUCUGAGAAGGCAAGACAGGAUGCAGAUGUUAUCGCAGCAGAAAUUACAGAGCAAUCUUUUUCAUCACUGUCAACAUCGUCUAAUCUUGUGUCUAGCAGGCUUGGACAGGGAAACAAUCAAAAUGAAUCCUGCUUCACUCGUGGCAUUCCAGAGCAUAAGGCUCCCCAAGGGGAAGGUCGGCUGAGCUGCAUUGAUAGGCGAUUACGAAGUCAUGUAAAAGUGUUUGAGAGGUGGCUACAAUGUGAACCCUAUUGUGAUUUCAGGCCUAUUGAAGAUAUCCCACCACCUGAACUUAACAAUUACUUGGCAGACUUUUUUCCUAUGGUCAAAACACAGAGUGAAAGCAGGGAGCACUGGCCAAAGAAAUCAAUCCUUGUCGAAUCAAGUCAAAGGCAGGUGUCUCCUCUGGUUACUGGUUCUUCACAACAAAACCAAAGUAUAGACAGUGGCACAAGAUGUCGCAUUCGGACAUUUCAGCGAUGGAUACAGGCUAAACCAUUCAAUGAGCUCAGAGACAUUGGGAAUAUCCCCCCUGUUGAAUUAGACAAAUAUUUAGCAAAGUUUUUCACAGCUGUUAAAACACAGACUGGUGGAAACUUUUCAAGAAAGUCAUUUUAUUUGUUAAGAUCAUGUUUGGAUCGCUACCUUCAGAGUAUAUCUUAUCCAUUGUCCAUUUCUCAUUCUCGUGAAUUCUUCAGAAGCCAAGUGGCUUUCAGGCUAAGAUUGCGCUCAAUAGCACUAGGGACAACAGAAACAGUCCCAGAUGAACAAGACAUUUUCUUUCCAGGGCAGAAGGCUUAAGUAACAAGAAUUCUGGCUUUACUAUAUGUUUCUAUACAGGCACAUGCUAAUUCGUAAAUUAGUCACAAAGUUUGAGUAAAUAUCCUGCCAGAUAUAUAACUGGAGUAUUGUGUAGUUAAAAAAGGGUAUUUCAAAUUCAGUUUAUUUUUUUGUCAUCAUGUGGCACAGUGCAUACACAUAUUGUCAGAACAAGGCAUUGUUGCUGACCUUUUAUGUCAUUAAGUGGCCGACACUACUGGAAAACAGCCAUUAUGUUAUAUUCAAAUAAGAGUCAAUCUCCUUUGAUACCACAAUUAAUGCAUAAUUACAGUGGGAUUUAAGGCUGUUAUCUGAUUGUGUUUGUUUGGUGGCGAUCAUUUUAUUUUUACUUUGCAUGUACAAGUAUAUGUAUAGGGUAAAGUAGGUGUGAAAUGGAAAUUGUCUGAAAAAGAGAGGCUUAUGUAUAUAGCAGUUACUUGACUUUUUUUUAAAGAACAUCCAGGCAAUUUUAUGUGAUGUCCAAAGAGAUUACGGAGUGAGCUUGAAGCAUUGACUUUUGUGUGUGUGUUUUUUACCAUAUUGGUUAUUUCUCUUUGCUCAGCUUUAUUCGAUUGCAUAUUUGAAAUCUUUUCUCUGAAGGUUGUCACUUUAAUACACAUCCUGCAGUUUCCGGGAUGUCUUGGUCCUGUAUAAUAUAUUUCACUUGUGGCCUUGCCAAUGGUCACGAUCUUGGAUAACCACUCAUCUGGCCAAAAUGUGUGGAAUAACAUAGUGACCAAAUGUGUGCCUAAUUUUUCUCCUCCCAGUUUCUGAUUGAAUGGCAUUGUUUUGGUUGCAGAAUGGACCGGCACCAAUCAAGCUGCUGGAAUUUAUGGACAUCAUGCAAUGGAGGGAACACGUUCUAUAGGAGACCAACCAGUCUCAUUUAUGGAGUCCUUUAAAUCCAAAGCUGAUACUACUUUUGAAAGGACUGUGCGUUACCACGUUAGAUCUUUUGAAGGGUGGAUACAAGGUCCCCCAUACAAUGACCACAGGUCUAUGGAGACUAUUACCCCCGCCGAAUUAGACCGUUAUUUUGCUGACUUCUUUAGUUCAGUAAAGACAAAAAAUGGGGAGGAUUUCACAAAAAAGUCCUUGCUUCGACGCCGAGCAACACUACAACGUUACCUGAAAGAUAAGGGGUAUCCAGAGUCAAUAACUAAUACAGAAGUGUUCCCCCUGAGUUCAUAUGCAUUUCGUGAAAGACUGAAAAAGUGCUAACCUUUUUUCUUGUAUGUGGCCUUAUGGUGUAUGCUUGACUGUUAAAGGGCCGCCCAUUGCUUUAAUCUGCUAAGGCUCUUUAAAGCAUUCUUGAUGGAAAUGUAUGCAUCCUGUGCAAAGUGAAUACUCUAAUUUUGGAGAAUCCUUUUGAAGAUAGUGUGAAUAGGUGUACAUUAUUAACUUUCCAGAUGGGAUGACCUCUACCCCUCUUCCUGAUUUUACUUGCGCCCUUGACUAUUUAUACUAAUCUAUAGGUGUUAUCAUGAAUUUAUCAUGAUUUUAUCAUUUUUAUAUAUCUUUGGCAUCUAUGAUUCCUAACAACAGAUUUCAGAGGGUGAAGUGCCAAAAACUACCUUACAUAUUCAACUCGAGAAACAUUUUUAAAAUGUUCAUGAAAUGGCCAAUAAAUGUUUUCAUACAUUUUUCCGAUGAUUUAUAUCUUAGAUAUGUUUUUGUCUCUCUUUAAUCCAUAUGGCUGUGUGAUUUUUAAAUAAACUUUUGCUGACUAUUGAUGUGUACAUGUUUGUAUAUUUAUUUAUAUAUAUAAAUUGAUAUAUUUGUCACUGGUUAGUUAGACAAAGAAACUUAUGUUGAGCUGUGCUGUGUUUACCACAUCUACCAAAGGUGAAGAAAGAAAAUAGUGUGUGUUCAUCCUGGAGAAAAUUAUCAAGUUAAAGAUUACUUCCUUUCGGUUGCAGAGUUGAUGCGUGCAGGAGGAAUGAAGCACAUGGAUGCCCCUUUAAGGACCAAUGCUGCACCAUUGUGGCCUAAGGAGUCCAGGCUUGAACAUUUGGGUAAAACUGUGCGCUGCCAUGUAAAAGGAUUUGAAAGAUGGUUGC